CAAGAGAGAGAGAGAGAGAGAGAGGGGACAGAAUUCAAAGCACCAAUAGUAAAUUAGAGGCCGCUCGCAUUGGUUUUGGAGGGAGCCACUAGUCAAUAGUUAGCUGCUGCUGCCUGCCAGCCUUCAUCACUGUCCCAAGCUGCAUUUCCUUGGCCGGCACGUGACUCUUCUCUUCUCUUCACUCCUUUAUUAUACUCCCUCACUCUCUCUCUCUCUCUCUCUCUCUCUACAGUUCCAAUGUCCGCCGCCUCUAGCUCCACCACCAGGUCCCAGAGAUCCACCUCCUCCAUCUCCCCCUUCCGCUCCCGGAAAUCCCCGGCGCCACCGCCUCCUUAUACUAAGCCCACCGCAGCACGGCCCGUCACUCCCUCCUCCUCCACCUCGUCUCGGCCGCCUUCCAAGCUCUCGGUUUCUCCGGCGGCCUCGGCUAGUCCGAACCCGAGUCCCAGCCCGCCCACUCCCACACUUGAACGCCCCAUCGAUGUAAAUAAGUCCAAGGAGAAUGUCACCGUUACAGUCAGGUUUCGACCCCUCAGUGCUAGGGAGAUUAACAAAGGGGACGAGAUAGCUUGGUACGCAGAUGGGGAUUAUACAGUGCGGAACGAGUACAAUUCAUCCAUUACUUAUGGUUUUGAUAGGGUGUUUGGUCCAGCAACAACAACACGCCAUGUUUACGAUGUUGCUGCUCAGCAAGUUGUUAGUGGUGUAAUGCAAGGGAUUAACGGUACAGUGUUUGCCUAUGGUGUUACUAGUAGUGGCAAGACUCACACUAUGCAUGGGGAGCAAAAGUCACCUGGAAUUAUUCCAUUGGCAGUGAAGGAUGUCUUUGGAAUUAUACAAGAGACACCUGGACGUGAGUUUCUUCUCCGAGUCUCGUAUCUCGAAAUUUACAAUGAGGUUAUCAAUGACUUUGCUUGAUCCUACAGGGCAAACCUACGAAUACGGGAGGAUGCUCAGGGGAACUUAUGUGAGGGAAUCAAAGAAGAAGUUGUUCUAUCCCCUGCUCAUGCGCUUUCCUUGAUAGCAUCUGGGGAAGAGCACAGGCAUGUAGGUUCUAAUAAUUUCAAUCUACUUAGCAGUCGGAGCCACACCAUAUUUACCUUGACUAUUGAAAGCAGCCCACGUGGUGAAAAUCAUGGUGAAGAAGAUGUGUCCUUGUCCCAAUUGCACUUAAUUGAUCUUGCAGGAUCUGAAAGUUCUAAAACCGAAACUACUGGGUUGCGAAGGAAAGAGGGCUCAUACAUUAAUAAAAGCCUACUAACUCUUGGAACUGUGAUUUCUAAACUAACAGAUGAAAAGGCAACUCAUAUUCCCUAUCGAGAUUCAAAACUCACCCGUUUGUUGCAGUCAUCCCUUAGUGGCCAUGGACGGAUCUCUCUCAUUUGCACAGUGACUCCUGCCUCUAGUAAUAGCGAGGAAACACACAACACAUUGAAGUUUGCUCAUCGGAGCAAGCGUGUUGAAAUUAAGGCUUCUCAAAAUAAGAUUAUAGAUGAGAAAUCUCUCAUCAAAAAGUAUCAGAAGGAGAUCUCCAGUUUAAAGCAGGAGCUUCAGCAGUUAAAGCGUGGCAUGAUGCAGAAUCCUGAUAUGGCUGCAUUGACUCAGGAAGAUUUGGUUACACUGAAGCUUCAGCUGGAAGCUGGUCAGGUAAAAUUACAGUCAAGAUUGGAAGAGGAGGAAGAAGCCAAGGCUGCUUUGAUGGGAAGAAUUCAGAGAUUGACUAAACUAAUCUUGGUUUCCACAAAGAAUGCUUUGCCAUCAAGCAUUCCGGAAAGGCCUGGCAAUAGACGGAGACAUUCUUUUGGGGAAGAUGAGCUAGCAUAUUUGCCAGAUAGAAAACGGGAAUACAUGAUUGAUGAUGAUACUGGCAGCCAUGCUUCUGAGCUUUCACUGGAAGAAAGGGGUGAUGUCACUAAUAUAGAUGAGUUGGUUAAAGAUUACAAGAGCAACAGAAAGCGUGGAAUGCUUGGCUGGUUUAAACUGAGAAAGCCUGAGAAUCUGGUAGGAUUGUCACCAAGUGCUGAUAGUGAAAGCUCUGCUAGUGGGUCACCUGCAUCUUGUUCAAAGUCAUCUCAAAGUAGAGUAAAGUUUAAUGAAAUGAAGGAUGGACGGAGAAAAUCAGUCAGUAGAAGGGGAGAUGAAUCUGCUGUUGUUGACUCAUUUCCAGAGAGAACCCAGGCAGGUGACUUGUUUAGUGUGACUGUUGGAGGACGCCGCCUGCCGCCGACUGGGACCACUAUUACAGAUCAAAUGGAUCUUCUUUGUGAGCAAGUUAAAAUGUUGGCUGGAGAGGUGGCAUUGUGUACCAGUUCUCUGAAAAGACUCUCAGAGCAAGCAACUAUCAACCCUGGCGAUUCACAAAUGAUGGAACAAAUGCAGAAGUUAAAGGAUGAAAUUAGAGAAAAAAAGCGUCAAAUACGUGUUUUGGAGCAACGUAUGAUUGGAUCUGUUGAGACAACUACACAUGCAUCAAACAGCAUUGAGGUGUCUCAGGCUCUUUCCAAGCUUGCUUCUCAGCUAAAUGAAAAAACUUUUGAACUUGAGAUUAAAUCAGCAGACAAUAGGAUACUUCAGGAACAGCUACAGAUGAAGGUAUCGGAGAAUGAUGAGAUGCAAGAAACAAUUCUUCUUCUAAGGCGACAGCUCAACUCGUUAUCAGAUAGAAGCUCCGGUAAUUCACAACAAAUUUCUGAGGCUGGGGCUACACCAGUCAGAACUUGUCCUGAAGGGUUCUUAGAAAAGAAUGUUGAAGAGGGGAAAGGGCUUAGUUCAUAUGAAGAAAAUUAUGCUGAUGAAAAUACUCCGACAAGUGUCAUGAGCUUGAAUAGGAUAUUUAAUCUGGAGGACUCGAAAGAGAGCAACAAUGAUUUGAAAAACCAAGUCCAUAUGCAGGCUGCUGAGAUAGAGAAUUUGAAGCAAGAGAAAGUGAGAUUGAUUGAAGAAAAGGAUGGGCUUGAAAUUCAGACUCAAAAGCUGGCAGAAGAAGCUUCAUAUGCAAAAGAGUUGGCUGGGGCUGCAGCAAUUGAACUCCGAAACUUGGCUGAAGAAGUAACUAAGCUGUCUUACGAUAAUGCAAAGCUGACUGGUGACCUGGCUGCCACAAGAGAGGCUCAUGGCAGAUUUAUCUGUUGUCAGAGGUCUGUUUCUUAUGAUUUAAAACAUGCUCGACCUGAUGGGCGCCAUAGAAAGCCAGACGAUGGAGUUUUGGUUGAAGAGUUGCAGAAGGAACUUAAUGCAAGAUAUCAGAGAGAAGCUGUGCUGGAAACCACACUAUCUGAGAAAGAUCAAAUAGAAGUUGAGCUACAAACAAGACUUGAUGAAGCUAAACAGCGUGAAGAAGAUUUGGAAAAUGAACUUGCCAAUAUGUGGGUGCUUGUUGCAAAGUUAAGGAUGUCUGGCACUAAUGCUGAUGACAUUUCAUCUGAAGGGUUGCAUGCAUUAAAUAUAUCACAAACCAGAGUUAGGAAUGGAUAUCUUCAAUCUAAUGGUCUCUCAAAUAAAAUGUUUGAAGAAGAUGACGUAUAUGAAAACAUGGAUAAGAUGAGUACAUUAGAAGAAUCAAGAGCUAGCUAUCUGAAAGAAAGGAGAAGAUGCAAAGAACUGGAGAGCCUUGUUUCCAGGUUGAAGGGUGAAGAUGUUGCUGGUUUGGAUGUUACUGCUCUUGAAGAACUGCAGAACCUUCAUGUUGAAGCUAUAACAAAGAUUUGCCAUGCAAAGUGUACAAACCAUGGCUUAUAGUGUCUUUAGAUCAACCCAUAAUGGGCUCUCCCACACAUGCAGUUUCUCAUCUUUAAGGUAUUAAGCGGGCAUAAUGUAUUUUGUACAGAUGAAAUCGAGUCAACUUUUGCAACUCAUUUAUACAAGCACCAAUGGAGAUGCAUUUUUCUCUUAAUUGAAGUUCUCAUGGGUGACAAGCAGCAGAGAUGGAUCACAGAUUGUUAUAACAUGCAUUUCUUUUGUAACAUAAACUUCAUAUUAAUAGUUUUAUGUAUGGGACAUACCCUUCUACAUUUCCUACCCUGUAGGUGAUAUAAAAGAAAAAGAACUAUUGUAAACCCUUUGCCUAACACAUAUACCAUGUCCUGAUGCUACUUUUGCCUUA